CGCGACUCGCUUGUUUCGAUGCCGUCAGCGCGUUGUGGAACUCAGUGUGAUUGUAAAUUGUGCUAAUUGGGCAUGGCGGUCUCCGUCCACAAAACAGUGGCUUCAUCAAUUACUGCCCUAGUGCCCGUGUUAUACAAUACGUCCGAGCUGUGACGGGACUGUGGAACGCUCAGCACGACGCGACGCCUGCAAACUGCACUGGUGUUGGGUGCAUAAUGCACAUUGCCAGUGAAUGUGUGAGUGAACUGUUCAUAAAUAGUCAGUGCAAAAGGGGGCUCAACGCAAUGAUCUCCGUUGUGAUGUCAAUUCUUCCGCCGGAUUACGGUCUGCUAUAAAGGUAUCAAAAGUUGCAUUAUUAUCAGUUAGAUAUGGAUCCUAUACUAGAAAAUGAGGGCGCUGCAGCUGACUCACCGGCUAAAUAUGGGAAGGCGAAACAUAAACAUAAGAAAAAGAAGAAUCAAACCGAUAAACAACAAGAAGCCCCGUUGGUUGUGGGUGAAAAGAAGAGAUUUGUGGUUACUAAAUUAUCCGCGUCUGAUGAAAAAGAUGUUCCUUCUGAUAGUGUAGCUCAAAGCAAUAUCCAUACAGUCCAUUUCGGAACGCGAGGAGUGGAAUCCCAGAGACCGCAUGUUAGAUCAAUUUUUAAAGAAAAGCCUCCCGAUGCUGCUCGUGCAUCAAGUGCUGAUAGAGAGCCUACGUCUACGAAAGAGUAUGAAACCUUCCACGGUACGUCAUCGUCUAGUCCUAGAAGUUCUAUUUUUGAUAUAUUCCGAUUAAGACGUAAGAGUGAUGCAAAAAAGCAUCAAACGUUUAUGCAAAACGUAAAAGCUGCACUUGGAGCUACACCAAAAUCCGCAGAAGCCCCAGAAGCUCCGAAAGUGGAACAGACUGCUGAAACUCCCAAAGAUUCGCACAAGAAAUAUUAUCAUACAGUAACAGGAGCCUCUUCUCGUAAAUCUAGUCCCAUGACGCGAGUGAUGGAUCUUUUUAAAAGUAAACCCCAACAAGAUACUAAUCAAGCUACAACACAUCCAGUGAAAAAGAAAGACGUAACAUCUCGGCGAAAAUCUAUAGAAACCACAUCGCCUACUUAUCAUAAAAAUUCAUAUGCAUCUUUUGAUCCUAUGCAAGCGAAACAAUUGUUUAGAGAAGCUCGCGGCUUACCGAAAUAUGACCCUUAUUUAUCAAUUGUUCAGAUAUCUAUAGGAGGACGAGAUAAGACGAGACUCUUGUUAAACUUUUUCAAAUAUCACAAAUGCUAUGAAAUCCUACCCAAAUCUGCUAAAGUCAUAAUAUUUGACACUCAAUUCUUAGUCAGAAAGACGUUUCCUACAUUAAUUUCACAUGGUAUUAGAUCUGCGCCAUUGUGGGAUGCUCAUAAAAAAUUACUCGUAGGUAUGAUAACAGUGACAGAUUUUAUAAGAAUUCUCCUUCAUUACGAUACAGAAAAUUUGUCAAUUGAAGAUUUAGAAAGGCACACACUUCAAAGUUGGAAAAGAAUAUUGCGACCAUCUCGCAAGCCUCUGUGUAGCGUGGGACCGGAUCAGUCUUUGCAUGAGGCUAUAAACUUACUUAACAAAAAUCGUGUCCAUCGUCUCCUGAUGAUCGAUCCGUUUAACGGUGACGUUUUGUAUAUUUUAUCCCAUAAGAGGAUUUUGAGAUUUUUGUUUGUUUACCUUAAUGAAUUUCCUGAGUUAACGUUUUUCCAUAAAACUUUAACUGAUUUGAAGAUUGGAACGUAUGACGACAUCGUGUCGGUUACGGACAAUACUAGUAUUAGAACAGCGUUUCAACUGUUGUUAGAUAAAGAUAUUUCGGCUGUACCAGUUUUAGACGAAAAUGGCACGCUCAUAGAUGUAUAUGCUAAAUAUGAAGUAUUGAAUCUAGUAAGUGAAAAAUUGUAUUCGAAUUUGUCAUUCACCAUAAGUGAAGUAAGAAAUAAAAAGAAAGACUGGGAAGAAAAAUUACAGAAAUGUCAUUCAAGUAUUACUUUAUACGAGGCCUUGGAAGUAAUAGUUAGAACUGAGAGUCAUCGAUUAUUGUUAGUGAAUAAGGAUGAUAAGCUUGUAGGCAUCGUAUCGUUGUCAGAUAUAUUAGUAUAUUUAAAUAGGAUAAUUCCGUCUGAGAAAAAAGUAUCGUCACUACAAGAACUAUUUAAGCCACUCGAGGUAAACAAAUUACCAGAGUCGUCGAGAGAAAUUGAAAACGAAGUCAUAUCCAUUGAAGUACCUAACAUAGCAGGUGUGGUGUCUAAAUCUGACGAAACUACUAGCAAUAAUAAUAACGAUAAUAAAAAUGAAGAUAGUAAGGCGGAAGUGGAAGAAAAUGAAGAGGAAAAGGAAGAAGUUGAAGAGUCAGACGUAACAGAAAAAGAAAGUAAAAUUGGCGAAUCAAGUAACGAGCAAGAUCCACUCCCUCCUACAAACGAAGAAACGAACAAUAAGGUAGAUAAAUUAUGUGAAUAAGUAGAUUAUUUAUUAUUCCAAAGAAUAUGUGAUAGGUGGAAUCGCCGAAUCAAUGUAUUAUAAUCUCAAUGAACGCUUUGUGCUUGUAUUGAUAUCGUAAUUUAACUUUGUAUUCAUAAAUAGUUGCAUCAAAUACCACGUGAUUGCCUUAUUCAUUAUUUAAUUCAUUAUAAAACAUGCUGAAACUCAAUAAAAUAUUUUAGCAGUA